AUGAAGCCGAUUAAGUUGGGUAGCAGUUUUUCGCUCGUUGCGCCGGUGUUGGCGAGAGACGCUUACGCCCAAUGUCGGGGUGCUGAAGUGAUAACUCGCGACGUCGCCAUCGUCGGCGGAGGCGCGACAGGCACCUAUGCGGCUAUCAAUCUCAAAGACCAGGGCAAGUCCAUUAUUGUCGUCGAGAAACAGGGAGCGUUAGGUGGUCACGCCUCCACAUACCACGACCCCACGACAGGAACCCCUAUCAAUUACGGCGUGCAACUAUACCAUGAUGACCAAGUUACCCGCUCAUUUUUCGAUCUUCUCAAUAUAACUCUUGGCGGGGGCACAUUUCCACAGGGAAAGACGACUCAAUAUAUUGACUUCAGGGACGGCUCACCUGUUUUAAACUACUCCGUCCCUCCUGCCAGUGAAGACUACUUCCAGGCACUCCACAAGUACCCCUAUCUUGAAACAGGCAUCGAGCUGCCCGAACCAGUGCCUGAGGAGUUGCUUCUGACCUGGGAUGAGUACUUGGAAGAGUUUAACCUGACCGAUGAUGCUAUCGCCACGUACUCCAGGCCGGCCAUCACCGGCGAUCCAACCAAAGUCCUCGCCUUGUAUGUCUUCAAUAAUAUGAACACGGACAUGCUGGAAGAACAGAUCGAAGCCAAGAUCGUUAUCAAUGCCAACGGCGAUAUAGCUGAGCCUUAUACUAAAGCCCUGGCCCAGCUCGGUUCCGAUGUUCUUCUUAACUCUGUCGUGACCGGAGGUCGACGAGGCAGGAAGCCUGCCGACGGCGUGAAGCUCUGCGUAUCGACUCCCGAGGGUAACAAACGUAUCGUCGCUAAGCAGCUGGUAUUUUCGGCGCCAUUCGUGCCGGAGAACCUAGAGUCAUUCAGCCUAGACGAGCGGGAAACGAACGUCAUAUCUAAGUUCGAAGGGGGAUGCUACUACACAGGAGUUGUGACAAACUUGGGGCUGCCGACGAACUAUAGCUACGCGAACCGGGGACAGAAGACGGAGUACCACAUAGCGAGCGUGCCGGGAGUCGUAAUGUUCAACCCGACAAAUGUAGACGGGACGUAUUACUACUGGUAUACGUCCUUCUCGGACCUGACGAAGGAGCAAGUGGAAGCAGAGACGCGCUCCACGCUCAAGCUCCUGCAGAAGACGGUGGCGGGUGCGGAUGUGAAUGCAGAGCCGCGAUUCGUGGCUUAUAAGAGCCACACGCCGCUGCACCCAACUACUAGCGCGGAAGCUAUUCGUAACGGCGUCUAUCGAGAUUUAUACGCCUUGCAGGGUUACCGCAACACUUGGUACACCGGUUCGAUCUUCUCCACCGGGUCUUCUGCGCUAUGGAACCUUACCAGCCAGCUUCUUCCGAGGAUCAUUGCCGCUUCAGAACAGUAG